GCUGAUGAAGAUGUAGUCUACGAAGAUGGAAACUGUGGAUUCACAGAACAAUAUGUUGGCUGAAGAGAAAGUGAGACAAGAAGCGAGGCAGGAAACUGAUAGACUUAAAGAGGAGAAGCAAGCAAGAAAUGGGCCUGAUACAACUGGAGGAGGAGUGGAGACUGGUGGAGGAGGCAGAGAGGCAGAAGAAGGAGUCAGCCUCCAGGAAGCAGAGAAAGCAGGGCUCUGGGGGGGGGGCGGCAAGUCCUCUAGUAAGAGUCCCAGCCCUCUGUCUGCUGGUCCUGGGACCCCCCAGAAAGGACAGGAGGUCAAGACGGGGCCAGACAGGGUGACACCAGUAGGGAGAACAAUAUGGAAGGAGAGUGUCUAGGUAUGUAAC